UGUGUCUCCAUACACUCCGCCCCUGGCUCGCGAGUGGCCAACUCCGGCGCAGAAUGGCAAACCCAUCGAUCCGCAGAUAUCGGAGACGAGUCUUCCCUGCCCCCUCGGUGGCGGUGACGGCGCUGCUGCUGGUCUCGGGGAGCUUGUUGGGCUCAUGCCCGACAUCCGCGUCAACUUCGCUCGCGGAGCCGCUCGCCCCCCUCGACACGGCGACCUUGACGAGCAACAUGCGGCAUUGGACGACGGACUACGCCGUCAUGUUCUAUGCUCCCUGGUGCCAACAUUGCAAGGAAUUGUUCAUGCCGCUUUGGGAAGAUGUUUCCAUGCAGAUGGCUGAAGAGGACCCGAGGGGGAAACGAAAGCUGGUUUUGGGCAAAUUCAACUGCGAACAGGACACAACGGCUGCAGCCUUUUGCCAGGAAAUCAAUCUGCAGUUCUACCCGACCUUCAUGUUUUUCGGGGCCGGGAAGUUCCAUGACCACGACCCGUUGUCCGGUAUGGUUUUGGGGCCCCGGCCGACGGAGCACGACUCGAGCGCGAAGUUCCCCGCUGGUGCGGUGGUGUACCACGAAGUGUUGGCGGGCUGGACCAAGACGAUGCACUUCAUCAGCGGCUAUAACCGUGUCAUGGAAAGGCUCAACGUGUUCGGCAGCCGCGGCGGGAGAAAAGACAGGGCUGCUUCCGAGGAGCGGCUGUUAGCGGAGAUCGAGGCGUUGGAACGAAAGAAUCAUCAGUUGCAACAGGCGAUGACUGGCGGCGAGGCGCAGGAGAGCAGCUUACCAUACGGCCAUGGGGACCCCUACAACGAGCUCUGGAAGGUGGCCUACGAUGCCGAAUUCGAGCCGGUGAUGUCGUGUGUUAUUGACAUGGCGAUGCAAUACUGCGAUGUCGAGGGCGUCAAAGAGUCAGAUCCAUGGUGCAGGACACUAGAGUCCUGUAUUGCCACGGAGUUCGUGGGAGACGAGUGCUGGCCCUCCAGCUGCCCUUUCCAGGAAGGGGGAUGCCAGAUUACAAGCUUCUGCCUCACACCAGAGGUCUUCGACGCCUACAUGCAGCUCAUCGAUGAACAUGGCGCAGCAGCAGCAGCGGAAGAGGAGGCGGGCGAGGGGGUGGGGGCGGGCUGGGCAGAGGCCGGUGCAGAAGCGGGGACAGCAGCCGCGGCCGCCGGGGGGGCAGAAGCAGCAGCCCCAGGCCUGCCGCCCUUCUUCGGGAGGCCCGCCGGUUCUCAGGGAGGUGGUGGUGUUGGGGUGGACAGGAAGUCGGACGAGAGAGGGGGAGAAGCUGUGGCGGUGUAGAGUUAGGCGACAAGGGGAUGGCCGCCGGCUUGGCGGCUUUUUCGAACCAACCGUCCCUGCUACGGUAUAGCGAACAGUCAUCAUCCGCAACCCAAUAUUGGACAGUAGUGGAUCUGCUGGACCUUGUUAUUUGGGCAGCGUUGAUGCAGGCCGUCUGUCGUGCGAGGGGGUGGCUGCAGGGUUUUCGCACCGUGGGAGAAAUUCUGACUGGAGUGGGCCCCCACCACUAUGACUAAUCUUGUGUUCCUACGAGUCACAAAUCACACCCGGUAGCCCAACGUGAACGAUAGAGUCAUUGCCCUGUUUGGGGCCGUGGAUUUGCCGGAGUUCCGCGUUGUUCUCACGCGUAGAUAGGGUGCAACUGCCGUUACAAGAAGGAUGGGUCACGACUUUUGGCGCUUGCGCUCUCUCAGACGUACCAUAUAUACCAUACAGCCACAAGUCAUCCCGGUCUCUGCUGGUAUUGCAGAUGGUAUGUCUCGACUUGCGUCCCAUUUUUCAAGGCGCAGGAGCUCUACGAUAUCAUAUCAUAGUAGUGUAGUACGAUGAUGCUCUCCUGCGUGGCGCCCCUGAACUCGCGUUUGUACCAAGACAAACAAGGGUCGAGCGGUUCGUCGCAAAAGUGUGGAAAAAGUUGUUGGUUCGUUGAGUGCGAGCGUGCCGUGAUGCAUUCCCAAUAGACCAAUCGGUGAGAGAGUCAUGGGCUACCCAGAUAAGAAGAGCUCUCUGUCUCGCUCUUAGCUGAAGCCGGAAAGCGGCGAUGUUUUUAGGUGCUCGAAUGCAAGAGGCCGACUGCAGUUAUCUGCAAGGCGGGAGGAAUCAGGAAAUGAAGCGCCGGUUUAAAGUUUUUUACGUGUGUUUGUGGGGUGUAGAAGAUGAUGAUGACUUUUGUCAAUCCAGUGGCAAGAGCGCUAUGCUUGUUACGAGACUCAUGCAGACGUACCUGUGGUCGCGAGAGAGAAAUGUACUUGAGCGAUUGUCGACGAUAGGCUCACGUCCGGACGUUUCCGUGUGAGGCUUGAUAGCAAAUCGGCUCCAACUAAAACCAUUUGUCCUGUGGUUAAACUUGAUUGAUCGAAAACGUGUUGUGUUUAGAUUGAUCGAAACUUGUUGGCGAGUGAGUCAAGAUGCCGUUCUUCUUUCCAACAACGUGUCGAAAGCGUUUCAUGAAAAGUUACCACCGGGGCAACUACAUUGACGUCUAACAAGAGAAUCGCGCCUUCACGGCGAGCCACACAGCGUCAAGAGAACGUAUGGCGUGUCUCCGCCGCCCGCAUUCCUGGCGAGGCCCGGUCCAUGGGCCCUUCGAAACUCUACCCAAUCUGUUGUUUUGGCCAUCACCACAGUAAGUUCCAACCAGUUUCCCACCACGCUAGCCCAAAAAUAGGCUCGUGUAGUCUGAGGUACUUUGAAGUGGUUUGCAACACUUCCACCCGCCAAAAGGCAAACCCCAAAGAAACGUCGAAACCUUUCCAAUCGCUCUAGAAACCUUCCCAAAAACUGUUUUUCACCUGGUCUUGCUCCCAAGUCAUUCUUUGUCACACUGGCUUCAGGCUAAUCACCACACCUCAACUCUAGAAAGUAAUGUUUUCUCCAACUCCUGCCAAGGGACAUUACCUUGUGUGCAG